AGGCCAGGGAGCCACCUCAAACCAUAUCGGGUUACAUUGAAUGACAGCGUAACCAUGGCAAAUAAUUUGACUAAAACUAUUGUCUUAUCCUCACCAUCCCCGGGUCAGAUAACCAACCAAUCACAGUUCACAUAAUCGCUUUUCUUGCCAGUUUAGAAUAAUAUUAUUAAAACAAGCGAGCGAGCCUGGUCUUCAGGAGUAGGUAAUGUUGAAACGACAUAGAAAAGGUGGAGAACGACUGUGGAAGGAGUAAACACUCUCUCUCGGUGUACCUUGAGGGGAAUGCUGUGCAUUUUGUACUGCUAUUCAUAAACGGGACUUUCAUUUUUUCUUUUCGAUUGGAUUUUAUCCUCGUCAUUUUUGAUACAGCCUACUUUUGGAGACUUUCAUGGUCAUUUGUGGACUUACAGUGUCGGUUACUUGCUUUAAUGUCUUAGCCAUAAAAGGGGACGUGUAAGUAGAGAAAAACAUACCUGUUUAUUAACUUGCAACCAUGUCUAUGCUUCCAACUUUUGGCUUUACGCAAGAGCAAGUUGCUUGCGUCUGCGAGGUCCUCCAACAGGGUGGAAACAUUGAACGGCUCGGGCGCUUUUUGUGGUCUUUACCCGCGUGUGAGCACCUCCACAAAAAUGAAAGUGUUCUCAAAGCUAAAGCUGUGGUCGCAUUCCACAGAGGAAAUUUCAGAGAGCUUUAUAAGAUCCUUGAGAGCCACCAAUUUUCCCCUCACAAUCACCCGAAGCUGCAGCAGCUAUGGCUCAAAGCGCACUACGUCGAGGCGGAGAAGCUCCGAGGCCGCCCUCUCGGGGCUGUGGGAAAGUACCGCGUUCGCAGAAAGUUCCCCCUGCCUCGGUCUAUCUGGGACGGCGAGGAGACAAGUUACUGUUUCAAAGAGAAAAGCCGGAGCGUACUCAGAGAAUGGUACACACAUAACCCCUACCCUUCCCCGCGAGAGAAGAGGGAGCUCGCCGAAGGCACCGGGUUAACAACUACGCAAGUCAGUAACUGGUUCAAAAACAGACGGCAAAGAGACCGCGCGGCAGAAGCGAAGGAAAGGUACGAGGAAAACAACGAAAACUCCAACACCAACAGCCACAACCCAUUGACUUCUUCCAUGAAUGGAAAUAAAACACUUUUGGGGAGCUCAGACGACGACAAAACGCCUUCAGGGACUCCGGAUAACACCUCGUCGACUCCGGCAAUGCUCAUCGCUUCAAACUCGGGGCUGCAGAUGCACGGCCUAGCGCCUCCACCCGGGCCUAGCGCCAUGCCAGUGUCCAGCCAUGACUCUGUGCACCAUCAUCACUCAUUGCACGAUACUAUACUGAACCCUAUGUCGUCUAACCUGGUCGACCUCGGCUCUUAAACACGAGACCCUGGUUGGAAGGGGACUUUCUGAGUUACGUGGAUGUUUGAGAAAAGCUUCAGGCACCUGAGGCGAGGUGCAAAGGCGAAAGGACAGUCAGGAAAAUGUGGCUCACACGGUGAGAGGUGAGAUGGUAGGCGUUUAGCUGAAAGGUAUUUUACCGGAAUGUAAUAACAUGUUAUAUUGUUGAAAACAAUAACAAUAAAAUGUCUUAAUUCUUGUUACUAUUAUCGUUAUUAUUUUAGGGGAUAGAUAUCAACAGAUGCGUAAACUCAAAGUCAGGUACCCCAUGACCUUUUGUUUACACAUAGGUUUUCCAAGAGAGCCAUAUUCAGUUUGAUUUUGUUUUGGGGUAUUAUCGCUUAAAGUGUUUUACUAUCAUGAGAGCCGUAUGUGAACGAUUAAAGAUUAUAAUAUCUUAUUAUUUGUAUUUUCAUUUGGAAAGCGACUGCAUGUUAACUCUGCGAUGAAUAAUAAAACAUAAACAAAUCGA